CCGAGAGAACACCAAAUGGAGGAUGACGCCGGUGCAGCAGCGGGGGGGCCCGGAGGCCCUGGUGGCCCUGGGAUGGGGAACCGCGGUGGCUUCCGCGGAGGUUUCGGCAGUGGCAUCCGGGGUCGGGGUAGCGGCCGUGGACGGGGCCGGGGCCGAGGCCGCGGAGCUCGCGGAGGCAAGGCCGAGGAUAAAGAGUGGAUGCCCGUCACCAAGCUGGGCCGCUUGGUCAAGGACAUGAAGAUCAAGUCCCUGGAGGAGAUCUACCUCUUCUCUCUGCCCAUUAAGGAAUCUGAGAUCAUUGACUUUUUCUUGGGGGCCUCUCUCAAAGACGAGGUUUUGAAGAUUAUGCCGGUGCAGAAGCAGACCUGUGCUGGCCAGCGCACCAGGUUCAAGGCGUUUGUUGCUAUUGGGGACUACAAUGGCCACGUCGGCCUGGGUGUUAAGUGCUCCAAGGAGGUGGCCACUGCCAUCCGUGGGGCCAUCAUCUUGGCCAAACUCUCCAUUGUCCCGGUGCGCAGAGGCUACUGGGGGAACAAGAUCGGCAAGCCCCACACCGUCCCUUGCAAGGUGACAGGCCGCUGCGGCUCUGUGCUGGUGCGCCUCAUCCCUGCACCCAGGGGCACUGGCAUCGUCUCAGCGCCUGUGCCCAAGAAGCUGCUCAUGAUGGCUGGUAUUGAUGACUGCUACACCUCAGCCCGGGGCUGCACUGCCACCCUGGGCAACUUCGCCAAGGCCACCUUUGAUGCCAUCUCUAAGACCUACAGCUACCUGACCCCUGACCUCUGGAAGGAGACUGUGUUUACCAAGUCUCCCUAUCAGGAAUUCACUGACCACCUUGUUAAGACCCACACCAGAGUCUCCGUACAGCGGACCCAGGCUCCAGCUGUGGCUACAACAUAGGGUUUUUGUACAAGAAAAAUAAAAUGAAUUAAGCCUGUUAAAAAAAAAAAAAAAAAAAUAGACAGCUAGCAAACAUCAGGAGACAUGCUGGUGCUGGAGAUGGAACCUGGGCACCACCAGAAGAGUCAUGGUAUUUAAAACAGUGGAGAGACAAGUACAGUAAGAUAGGACCUGAAAAUAGACCUUCACAUUUACCUGUUAGUGGCUAGCAGUGUUCUGGAGAAAUUUUAGUACAGAAAUAAUAAAAAUGACAGUAACAGGGGUAGUAGUUUACUUCUGGUAACAGUGAAGGAGUGAAGUAGUCGUGUGAAUCCAGAGGGGAAGACAGUUAUAAAAACUGGAUGAAAAAAAUAAAGACACUAUAAAGCCUCCAAAAACAGAAGCUGGAGGAGAGUUUCUAAAAAACCUGCGCAUGAAGGGGAUGAGAAUUGUGUGUGGGUUUUUUGUUGGUUUGUUUUUGGUUUUGUUUUUUUGGUCCCUGAGUUCUCUCUAUCUCCACAGCUACAGCUGCAAAAAAAACAGUACUGGGACAAGCACUCAGCAUCCCCACCUAAAAGGGCCAGGAGUUCAGAGUUCUAACAGAACAGCUGACAAUUAGGGGAAAUCCCUAAAAGCAGAGAAAUCCCAGAGUGGAUGAUUCCCAACUCUGGCCAAAUCCUGACUUCCAAAUUUCAUAGGCAUCAGGGAGAACCACAAGGCUUAAAAAGGAGCUGUGGAGGCUGGGUGUGGUGGCUCACGCCUAUAAUCCCAGCACUUUGGGAGGCCGAGGCAGGCAGAUCACAAGGUCAGGAGUUAGAGACUAGCCUGGCCAAUAUGGUAAAACCCCAUCUUUACUAAAA